ACCUUAUACGGAGAGCAGCCUGGACGGUGUCUGAACGAGAACGGAGAAAGAUGCAAAGCCAGCGAACAACACAAAACAAAGGCCGAGAUCUCCAAACCCCAUAACCCUACCUUAAACCCAUGAUCACAACUAGAUUCUUCCCUCAUUCGCGUUUCUUCCUCCCCUCGCACCUGCCCACUCUCUGCCGGCCCAUCCACUCCGGCGCUGCCCACCCCCGCAUCACCAGAUCUGAGCUCGUCGACCGGAUAUGCCGCAUCCUCACCCUCGAGCGCUUCCACGCCAUUCCCAAGCUUCCCUUCCGCUUCUCCGACGAUCUCCUCGACGCCGUCCUCGUCAGGCUGCGCCUCGACGCCGACGCCUGCCUGGGCUUCUUCCGGAUCGCACUGAGGCAGCAGUACUUCAGGCCCAACGCGGAAUCUUAUUGCAGAAUUGUCCACAUUUUGUCUCGAGCACGCAUGUUCGACGAUGCGAGAGGGUUGUUGAGGGAAUUGGUGGCGAUGAUGAGCUCGGCUAGCCCGGAGCCGUCUGUCUCUUUUGUUUUUGAUCGGAUGGUUAAGGUGUACAAGGAGUUCACUUUCUCUCCUACGGUGUUUGACAUGCUCCUGAAGGCUUAUGCUGAGGGUGGAUUGCGAAAGGAGGCUCUUUUUGUGUUUGAUAAUAUGGGGAAAUGCGGAUGUCAGCCUAGUUUGAAGUCCUGCAACAGCCUUUUGAGUAGUUUGGUUAAAGGAGGGGAUAUUAACGCGGCAAUUCUAGUUUAUGAACAGAUGUGCAAAGCUGGGAUAUUACCUGAUGUUUUCACAACGUCUAUAAUAGUUAAUGCCUAUUGUAAGGGUGGAAAUCUAGAGAAAGCCUUGAGCUUUGUGGCAGAGAUGGAAAGGAAGGGGUUUGAUGUUAAUAUUGUGACUUUCCAUUCUCUGAUCAAUGGGUACUGUAGUUUGGGCCAGACGGAAGCGGCACUCAAGGUGUUCGACAUGAUGACUAAAAGAGGGAUUUUGCCAAAUGUUGUCUCUUUUACUUUGUUGAUUAAGGGUUACUGCAAAGAAGGCAAGGUUAAGGAAGCCGAGAAAGCCCUUGUUGACAUGAAACAGCUCCAUGGUUUGAGUCCUGACGAAGUUGCUUACGGUGUGCUAAUUAACAUUCAUUGCCAAAUGGGGGGAAUGGAUGAUGCAAUGAGAAUCCGGGAUAAAAUGUUGAGUGAAGGGAUGAAGGAAAACAUAUUUAUUUGUAAUGCAAUGAUCAAUGGGUAUUGCAAGUCCGGAAGAAUUGAGGAAGCAGAGAUUUUGCUUUUCGAUAUGGAGAAGGGUCAUCUAAAACCAGACUCCUACAGUUACAAUUCUCUAUUAGAUGGGUAUUGCAAGAAGGGUCUUAUGAGAGAUGCUUUUGGAAUAUGUGACAGGAUGAUAAGGAAUGGAGUCGAAGUUACAGUUAUAACUUAUAAUGCACUAUUUAAAGGCUUUUGUCUGUCAGGUGCAAUAGAUCAUGCCCUGAACUUGUGGUUUUUGAUGCUGAAAAGAGCUGUUGCUCCAAAUGAGAUUAGCUGUUCCACAUUGUUGGAUGGGUUCUUCAAAUCAAGGAAUUAUGAACAAGCCUUGAAAUUUUGGAAUGAGAUACUAGCUAGGGGAUUCACAAAGAACCAAAUAACAUUCAAUACAGUGAUAAAUGGUUUUUGUAAAGCAGGGAAAAUAUCUGAGGCGGUGAAUAUUAUGGAAAAGAUGAAGGCCUGGGGAUGUCCUCCUGAUAGCAUUACUUACAGGACAUUGAUUGACGGUUAUUGUAAACUUGGUGAUGUGGAGCAAGCUCUUAAGUUAUGGAAUGAGAUGGAACCUUCUGGGUUUUCUCCUUCAAUCGAAAUGUUCAAUUCUCUUAUUUCUGGGCACUUCAUAGCUAAUGGUUCUGAUAGGAUUGAUGGCCUUCUAACUAAUAUGCACAAGAGUGGACUGACUCCCAACAUAGUUACUUAUGGAAUUCUGAUUGCUGGAUGGUGCAGAGAAGGAAUGUUGGAUAGGGCUUUUGAUAUAUAUUUUGAAAUGGUUGCCAAAGGCUUAACUCCAAAUACAUACAUAUGCAGUGCCCUUGUUAGUGGUCUUUAUAGACAGGGUAAGAUUGACGAGGCAAAUGCUAUAUUGGCAAAAAUUGUGGAUGCUAGCAUGCUUCCAAAGUAUGAAAAUUCUGAUAAGUACCUUAAGUGUGUUACGAACAAUAUCUACCAUCACGAAAUCACAAAUCUGCUCGCUCAGUCUAAAAAUGAGAAUCUCCUGCCUAACAACAUUAUCUAUAAUGUUAUUAUUUGCGGUCUUUGCAAAUCUGGAAGGAUUUUGGAUGCAAAACAAUUUUUUGCAGACUUGUUGCAGAGGGGUUUUGUUCCAGACAAUUUUACUUACAGUAAUCUUAUUCAUGGCUAUUCAGCAGCUGGCAAUAUAGAUCAGGCUUUUCAAUUAAGGGAUGAAAUGAUUAAAAAGGGCCUCUUUCCCAAUAUUAUAACAUACAAUUCUCUCAUCAAUGGUCUCUGCAUAUCUGGAAAUUUAGAUAGAGCUGUCAAUCUAUUCAACAAGCUGCAGUCAAAAGGUUUAGCACCGAAUGUUAUUACAUUCAACACAUUGAUUGAUGGAUUCUGCAGAGUUGGUAAUCUAACAGAAGCAUUCAAGCUGAAAUAUAAGAUGAUAGAGGCAGGAAUUUAUCCCAAUGUUGUUACGUAUUCUACACUAAUUAAUGGCCUUUGUUGCCAAGGGGAAAUGGAAGCAUCCAUCAAACUCCUGGAUCAAAUGAUUAGUAGUGGCGUGGAUCCUAAUUAUGUUACGUAUAGCACGUUGAUCCACGGUUAUAUCAAAUCUGGAGAAAUGCAUGAGAUACCAGAACUAUACGAAGAAAUGCAUAUACGUGGGCUUUUGCCAGUGUCUAAUUUCAGAGGAAACAUGAGUCCAACACCUGUAACUAUAAAAACAAGGCAGAUAAAUAGUGCUGAACAAUUAGAUGUAUCAAUACAUUCUGAAGGGUAGCUUCUUUGUUGGAAAUUCUGCUCUAGAUUGUUGAUCUUUCAUAUUGCAACUCUUAAAGGCACUAAAACAAUCCUUAUCCUGCUUCAUGCUGAUUCGAAAGUCCAGAUUACAAUUUCAACAGGAACAAUUUAGUAAUUCUCCAUAAAAUUCACAAUUAUUUCAUAUUCUUCAAACAUACUGAUUUCAUUCCAUGAAUUUAUUAGGGAGAUCCACAUUGACUUUGUGAAGAUGCACAUGCAACCACAUUAUGCUGGGUAUUCUUGUUCUGAAACCAUGAGAUUAGGCAUCCUAACACAUGACCAGCAAACACCUGGUUCCUUGUAAAUCUGAAGAGCAUGAUUUGGUUGAAGCGAACAUUUAUAAUUGGUAGAAAGGUUAUGUGAUAGGCAGCUGCAAGUUAUCAAUUAAGGAUUAUCAUCAUGUUUUAUGAAGAAUGUAACAGCUGGUUUCUCGUGAAUCUGAAAGAGGCAUGAUUUAGAUUUUAGAUUGAUGAAAAGGUUUAUAGUUAAUUGAAAUGGUCAGCAAUAUGACACCUGCAAGUUAUGAUGUAAUGCUUAACAGUUGGACAAACAACUCAUUGUGCUGGCGCUUCUUUUUUGAAACUACAGAUACAUUGAUAAACAUUGGAGAAACUACUACAUCCUGUGGCUGGACCCUCCUCAGAUAUCUUAAUUCUUCGAAGUCAGUUUUGCCAUUAUUUUUUGCACAAAUGUCCCAACAUGGCAUGUUGGAUGAUGUGGAUAUGGAGAAAUGAAACUCUUCAAUAAGGAGUUCUUCAGCCAUGCCAACCAGGGAUCAGAGUCGCCAUGUCAGCACGGAAUCCACAAGUUCCUUCUUGCAAGAAUGCGAAUUUGCUUCUCAAGUAGAUGAACAUAAUCAAGGUCCAGGAGUUAUCAGGAACCACUCAGGAAGAUCCAUGGAAGGUUUCGUCCAUGGCAUUAACCCAACCCUCUUUUGAAUCAGCCUAGAAAGCAGGGAUUGAGAAACUGUGGCUGGAGUUAGAUUGCAGCAAUGCAUGUGAAAUAAUCUAGCUACCAUUUCUGUCUACCGAACCUGAAGAUAAUCGGAGAAUUGGCGUAAACGGAUUGGCGACCCUCCUUCGGUUUCAGUAAUUGUGGCUGCAAUAGACUGUACAAAUCCUUGUGGAUUCCUUAUGGAUGCUCAAAUUGUUAUAGAGAGAUACUUCAGUGUUACACUUAUUCCAGCAAAGUGUUAUGCGCAGCGAACAAUUUAGAGGUUCACUCGAGUUGCAGAUCAAUUGUAAUUUCGUAUAAGGCUUCGACUCCUGUUUGGUUGAUUCAAAUUUUGUUAUAAAAAAAAAGAGGUAUUUCUUGUAUUGUUAUCAA